AUGGCCGCCGUCAACAACCAGGAGAUGGACUACGCCAUCAAGCCCGAGGUCGUCAAUCCGACCAUUAACACCGAAGAUUGGCCGCUUCUUCUCAAGAACUACGAGAAGCUGCUCGUUCGCACCGGUCACUUCACCCCGAUCCCCGCCGGCGCUUCCCCUUUGAAGCGUGACAUCAAGUCCUACAUCAGCUCUGGUGUCAUCAACCUCGACAAGCCCUCCAACCCCUCCAGUCAUGAGGUCGUCGCCUGGAUGAAGCGCAUCCUCCGCUGCGAGAAGACUGGUCACAGUGGUACCCUUGACCCCAAGGUCACUGGCUGCUUGAUUGUUUGCAUUGACCGUGCUACUCGCCUCGUUAAGUCCCAGCAGGGUGCCGGUAAGGAGUAUGUCUGUGUGAUCCGUCUCCACGAUAAGAUCCCCGGCGGUGAGGCUCAGUUCCGCCGUGCCCUUGAGACUCUUACUGGUGCGCUUUUCCAGCGUCCCCCUCUGAUCUCCGCUGUCAAGCGUCAGCUGCGUAUCCGUACCAUCCACGAGAGCAAGCUGUAUGAGUUCGACAACGAUCGUCACCUCGGUGUCUUCUGGGUCAGCUGUGAGGCCGGUACCUACAUCCGUACUCUCUGUGUCCACCUGGGUCUGCUGCUCGGCGUUGGUGCUCACAUGCAGGAGCUGCGUCGUGUCCGCAGUGGUGCUAUGGACGAGACUCGCGGCAUGGUUACUCUCCACGAUGUCAUGGAUGCCCAGUGGGUGUACGACAACCAGCGUGAUGAGAGCUACCUGCGUAAGGUUAUCAGCCCUCUCGAGAGCCUGCUCACCUCCUACAAGCGUAUUGUCGUCAAGGACAGCGCUGUCAACGCCGUCUGCUACGGUGCCAAGCUGAUGAUUCCUGGUCUCCUGCGUUUUGAGGCUGGCAUUGAGGUCAACGAAGAGGUUGUUCUUAUGACUACCAAGGGCGAGGCUAUUGCCAUUGGUAUCGCCCAGAUGUCCACCGUGGAGCUUACCACCUGCGAUCAUGGUGUCGUUGCCAAGGUCAAGCGUUGCAUCAUGGAGCGUGACCUCUACCCCCGCCGCUGGGGUCUGGGCCCUAUUGCCCUUGAGAAGAAGAAGCUCAAGUCUGCCGGCAAGCUGGACAAGUGGGGUCGCACCAACGAGGCUACUCCCGCUAAGUGGAAGAGCGAGUACAAGGACUUCAGCGCCCCUGAGGAGGCUGGCGAGCAGGCUGCUGCUGCUGAGCCCCAGGCUCCUGUCCCUGCCCCUGCUGAGGAGGAUUCGACCAUGAACGAGGCCGAUGCCGAUGAUGACAAGAAGAAGCGCAAGCGCCACGAGGGCGAGACUGCCGAGGAGCGCGCUGAGCGUAAGCGUAAGAAGAAGGAGAAGAAGGAGAAGAAGGAGCGCCGGAAGUCCAAGCAGGAGAGUGACAGCGAUGACAGCGACUAG